GAGAGAUUCAAGUAGGCCUACUAGUAGACUAUAUCUGUGGAAGCACACGAGCAAAUCGCAGUGUUGAGGCUUGUUAUAUAUACAUAACAUUCUCCAAGGACACCAAACUGACAGUCUUGUUAAUGCUAACUAGGUUUGAUGUCAACGAGCAUUAUUAAAAGUGCCUUGAUUGUGUGUGACUACACGAUUUAGACAAAGUGUAAUGAUCUAGACAUGUGCGUGCGUCGAGCAAACCAUGACUGUAACGGAAAGAGGGGCGGUAUCAAUGCAAUCGGGCCCGGGAGAUCUGUGCCCACGGGUGAACACCCAGGUAAAAAGCAAUUGUGUUACUAUAAAUGCGCGGCAAAGGCCAACAGUUUUCAGGCACCCCCUCUUUUUCCUGUAAAUAUCUCUAACACUUUUGCUUUUGCACUAAUACACACAUACACACACACAUCAUAGCAACAUUUGAUACAAAAAGAAAAUAAAAGAAUGGGGUCCAGCCAGUCGAGUAGUAUCGGCAGUAGUCAUAGUAUUAGCAUCCACGACGACGACGACAACGACAACAACCAAAGCGUCCGAAUCAGCGGUACUUGUAAAAACAGCAAUACCUCUUCAACCUACAACACUGUGACAGCAGAUCGACUAUGGAUCAUUGAGAACGCCAAAAAGGGAGCCCAAGCUAUUGGCGUGACGCUCAUGUCGCCGUUCGUAGUGAUAGCAUGUCCCAUUAUCGGCGCAUACGAGUUUGGCACAGCAUUGGACCAAGAGUUAUUGACCGGCUCUUGCAUCGUCGAUGGGACCCUCGGGUUUUUGCUUGGUGUCAUCGCAUCACCGAUCGCUCCGUUUCUUGUCAUGUGGCAGCAAAUGGAGGUUUUGUUUGGCACGACUACUCGGCCGCCACCGCUCUUGCCCUCUGUCGAGUAUCGCGACCAUGCGCGCCAAUCGAUGGGCUUGGACAGUGACAACUAUUAUAAUGUGGCUAUUGUCGGUUGCCCUGGAACCGGGAAAUCAGCAUUACUCAAUGGGCUACUCGGAUACAAAGAGGGUCAUGCCGAUGCCGCUCCGGUCCGUGAAGCCGCCGACAUCAGCAACACUACAACAACAGUAAACGCGCAUGGUGCUCGUUCUAAUAGCGGUGAUAAGUCACGAGGGUACAAGCACCCAUUACUGCACUCGCUCAUGCUUUGGGACAUGCCCAGUGUCAACUGCGGCAGCGCAAAGCAAUAUUUUCACAGACAUUGUCUGGGUGCAUUUGAUGCGUUAGUGAUUGUUUCUGCCGAACGACUCAUGGCCACCGAUAUCAAAUUGGCGAGACGCGCAAUAGACUAUGAUGUACCUGUGUUUUUCGUUCGAAACAAAGCUGAUGCGGCAAUCGCUUCCAAGAUCCGAAAGAUGUCCAUAUCAAAUAAGAAUGCUUCGAAAAAGUCACCUGCCGAGAAAUGGGCUUCGGCAGUGGCACAAUUGACGGAAGAGGUUGACAGGACCUAUUGCCGAACCAUGCGCAACUUUGGAUUUGGUACAGAAACGCUCUAUAUCAUCUCGGCGUGGGCACUACAGGACUUUGUGAUUGCAUUAAAGGAUCACAAGCCAACAGCCGAGCUGCGCUUGAUCCAUGAAAAGCUGCUGAUAAUCAAUUUGCUUGACGCUAUCGCAGAACACCGUCGGAAAUGCAUCACGACCCAUGCGGAGCAGGAACAUGUCGAUCCCAUGACGUUACCGGUGUAAUAAUAAUAAUAAUUAAAGAAUAACUUCAAAUGACCAGCAUUGCCGUUGGCUGUGUUAUUUUGAUUUUCUCAGUCUUGGAUAUUGGCUAUAUGGUUUCUUUUGGUUUUUCGGUGCUGUUGCGUGAUGCUUGUGAGUGCGUGUGAAGAGAGAGAGAGAGAGAGAGAGAGAGAGAGAGAGUACAAAUACAAUAGGGCGGAAGUAAGGGUGGGUGGGUGAAAGGGGCUCCCUUUGGUGG